AUGCUCAGUCCACAGUCAGAGUUACUAGAACUCUCAGCCGCCAGUACCAGCAAUAUCACAAGUCCCAGUAAUUCCCCCCUUGGAGCAUCACGCCACUCGAGUAUCCCAGCUUCGUUACCAUCAGAUCCAGAGGGCAUUCCAUCCUCAUCUAGAGUGCCAGACGUUAAAUAUUCAAAGGCCCGGAAGACUGUGAGCAGCUCAAGGAACAAAACCAAUGAUUCAAAGCAAAAUAAAGACAAAAAGAGCAAAGGAAAACCAGCGCUCGUUACUCCUUUCGAAUAUGCGCAGAAGUUGAAUCUUGACUUGCCAAAGAAGCGCAAGUCCGAUUACCUCAAGGGCAAGCAAAUAUUGUAUGUGGGUGGGGAUAUGCAGUAUGCAGGCGUCCAGACACGUGGUCGUAUGGACUAUAUUGUCAAGCAUGGCGGCACCUUGGUACCAUUGUACGACCCUACCACCGUGACUCACAUCGUGACGGAUGCGACGACUCGCCCGACACUGAAAGCCCUCGGACUAAAGUCGUUGAAAGAGAUCCCUGAUAAUAUUCCAACGGUCACUUGGAGUUGGGUGAUAUCCGGGUACGGUCGUUUGGGCUACAAGCUCAAGGGCAAACGCGACGAGGAAGCAAAUGAUACGAAAGGCAAGGCUAAUGCCACAGAUGAUGAUGAAAGUCUUCUCGAUUUCGAAUUCUUACACGCGGCAUUCCCUCAACGCAUCCAUGCCGGUAGAAGCUGGCAGAAGAGAGGACAGGGAAAACUGGUUCAAGAAAAAGGCCAAGUAAGUACCGCUGCAAACGACCUUAAUGGAGAUUUCAGCCGCAUUUCUUCCUUCACUGAAGAUCGAACUGAAAAUCAACAGGAUCUAGCGCCAAAGCUAGUCGUUCUUCCUCCUGCACCUCUUACAUUCGUUCCCACUCGGAAAACAUCAAGUACAACCCAUAAUAAUUACCAAAGCAAUCACAUCCACAAGCCACGUUCUAAUACAGAUGAUCCUCUUGCUGAGUUUUAUGAGAAGGCCAGGGCUGAACGAGAUCAAGCUGUGAAUUUUGAACAGAGCGAGACCGACGAGAGCGAUCAAGAAGAUUUUUUUUCGAGACCAGCACAGGUCCUAAAGCGCGGUUUUACGUGUGACCGAAAGGAACCUGAGCAGCGCGAAUGCGUGAAUCAAGAUAUCAUUGAAAAGUUGGAGGAACUUAUGGAGUUACACAAGGCAAAACUAGGUGAAGAUGAUCAUUGGCGAGUGUACAGCUACUCGAAAUGUAUCCGUGCUUUGCGCAAUUAUCCAAAGAAAAUCAAAUCAUUCAACGAGGCGCGGUCAAUCAACGGCGUCGGCGAGAAGACUGCCCGAAAGAUUAUGGAAAUCAUCGAAACUGGUGAUUUGAGACGCAUCAGCUACGAAAAAACGGAUGAUGUCGAAGCCAUUAACUUAUUUCAGGGGAUAUAUGGAGUCGGUAUGGAAAGUCGACAAAUAGCUCGCAUGUGGUAUAAUAACGGAUGCCGGACGCUAGAUGAUGUUCGAGCUCGGAAAGGUGGCAUCAAGUUAUCUCAGGUGCAAGAAGUUGGUUUAAAAUUCUACGAUGAUAUCAAUGAUAGAAUGCCACGCAGUGAAGCAGAGAGUAUCUUCAAUUUGAUUAAACCCAUUGCUCUCGAGCUCGACGAGCAUCUUUACAUUGAUAUCAUGGGUAGUUUCAGAAGGGGCAAAGCUACUUGUGGCGACAUUGAUAUUCUAGUGACCCGACCAACCUCAGAUGGGAUGACACAUGCAGGUGAACGUUUUUGUCUUCUUCCGGAGCUGCUUGCCCGUCUGCAUGCUGCAAAGAUCCUGACAGAGGAUUUAGCAUUGCCUGAUGAUUUUUCCGCUCUUGAAUUAUGUUAUCGUGGAUUGUGUAAACGGCCCGAACCAGACUCAAAGCGUCGACGCAUCGAUAUCUUGUGUGUUCCUUGGGAGAACCGAGGAGCAGCCCUCCUUUACUACACGGGUGACGAUAUCUUCAAUCGGGCCAUGAGGAUGAAGGCGAAUGUUCUCGGGUAUUCUCUCAACCAACGAGGGUUGUAUGCAGGUGUGGUUCGGGACCCCCGGAACAGACGUGUCAAGAUUUCUGCAGGUAACAUUGUUGCGUCUGAGACAGAAGAAGAAAUAUUUAAAAUUCUAGGGGUGCCAUGGCAAGAGGCGCAUGAACGUGUACGGGGUUGA